AGCCGCCCGAGGCUGCCGGAGGGGCGGGGCGGGGCGAGGCGCCGGGCGCCGGGCGCGGGGCGGCGCCCUGGGCACCCGCGCCGCGGCUCCCUCGGCAUGGCGGGCGCGAGGUCCCCGCCUAGCCCCACGACCAAGCCCCGCGCCAUCGUCGACGACAGCACGGUGGCGCUCGGCCGACAGCACGUCUCCCAGCGGGAGACAAGUCCCUGCUACUCCUUCGGCACGGGAACCCGCAAGGAUAAGGGGAAGACGUACAUCGGCAAAGAGUUUGCCAAGAAGCAGUCUGCGCUCGCGACCUCCCCGGGGCCCGCGUACGCGGUGCCCAGCACCACGGGGCAGGGGGCCAGGCACGUGUUCGGCACCGAGGAGAGGAGGACCAAUCCGAAGGUCCAGUACCCAGAUUCCAGCGUGGACCUGAUGGGCGCUACGGUCGACAGCCAGGCCUGGAAGUUCUCGUCCACCACGGUGGUGAACUUCGGCACUGAGGCGCGGAUGAACAACAAGAACGGCGAGGUUGUCAGGAACAACCCCUCCAUCAUGCUGGGCGCGGAGUCCCCCGCCGCUUUCGAGCACGAUCCCAAGGACUCGUUCGUCGCUAAGAGGAAGCCGGAGUACAGCUUCGGGCCGCCCGGCGGCCCAGACGGCAAGAAGGUGCCCCCGAUCCAGAACAUGCCCACGGCCACGCCGCGGACCCUCGGGCCGGGCUCGCACAGGCUUCCUGCGGGCCUGGGCGCUCAGCCGGAGUCUUCGGCGCGGUCGGCGCCAUCGUGGGGUUUCGGCACGUCCGGGCGCUUGAGCUCGAGGAGG